AUGGCUUCAGGCGCCGGCAAGGCUGCACAGCCCCCCGGGCCGGGCUCCGCCGUGAACGGGACUGCGGCAGAGUUCGCGAACAUCGAGCAGGAGCUGUACGACUACCAGAUGCACAGCAAGAUGUGCAAGAAGAUCGCUCAGCUCACCAAGGUGAUUUAUUCUCUGAACAUGAAGAACGAGGAGCAGGAGGCGGCCCUGCAGGCCUUGAGCCACGCCCACCACGAGGAGCUGCACCGCAUCCUGGUGGAGACGUGUCACGAAGGGGAGGGGUCGGCGCUGAGGACGCGCCUGCUCGAGCUGCAGGAGUCUCUGGAUGAGCAGCACAGAGUUGGAGCCCAGGUGCAGGCAGACUUUGAGUGUUUCCGCAUCCAGGCGGAGGAGAGGGAGCGUGAAACUGAGGCGGAGCUGAGAAAAGAGUUUGAGGAGAGGCUGCAGGCCACAGAGGAAGAGCUCCAGGAGGCUAAGGCCCAGAUCGGCGAUGCCCAGGAGGAGAGCCUGCGGCUGAGCAAGGAGCUGGAGAAGGCCGGAGAGCGGGUCCAGGAGCUGGACGCCAAAUGUGAGGAGCUACAGAGAGCGGCUGACGAGGAGAGAAAGAGCAAAGAGGAGCAGAGGCAGAGAGAAGACGAGGAGAAAAAGAAAGAGGAGGAGGAGAGAGAAACAGAGGAGCGGGAGGACGUGCAAAGAGUAAAAGCACUCUUAGAGGAGGUAAAGGCGCUGAAGGAGGAGAGGGAUCGCACAGAGGAGGGUAAGAGGCGAGCUGUGAAAGACGAGAGGGAGCAAUGGGAGCAGAGGAUGAAUGACCUGAACGAGGAGAAAGAGGAGAUGAGGAAGAGGAUGGAGGCCGAGUGGAGGCAGGAGCAGCAGAGGUGGGAGGAGAGGGAAGAGGAAGAGAAGAAAGGGAUGCACAGCGCUCUGCGAGAAAGAGUGAAGAGGGCCGAAGCAGAGGUGGAAAGUCACCUGGAGAGGCUGGCUGAGAGCAAGAGAAACACGGUGAAAUUGCAAGAGCGAAUACAGGACCUGGAGGAGGAGCUGGAGCUGGAUCGGAGGCGUGUGUCCGAGGCUGAGGGCGUGGCUAAGCGGGCGGAGGAGGAGCUCGCGGUUGCCAAGGAGAGGCUGCUGCUGCAGGAGGACGAGCUGCAGAGCAGAGCAGAGGAGCUGCUGAACCGCGGGGGCUGUGAGGUGUGCGUGUGUGCUGAGGUGGAGGAACUGAGGAGCCAGGUGAGCCGCCUGCAGAGCAGGAACAGAGAGCUGGAGCUACAGAGCAGCGGGCGAAACAGUGACCACGCCCGGCAGAUACGCCAGCAUGCUGAGGCCCUGUCCAGCCUGCGCUCUGAGAUGGUGAGAGCCCAGACAGAGGAGCUGCGUCGCAUCCAAAAACACGCAGAUGACGAACGGGACAAACUGCAGAGGGAUAUAGAAAAAGAGAGAGAAAACCUGCAGAGGGAGAGAGAACAAGAGAAGGAUCAGUUCGAGAAGGACAGAAACAGAAUGCGCAGAGAGAGAGAGGAGGAGAAGGAAGCGCUGCACAAGGAAGCGGAGGAGAUCAGAGAACGUCUGAGGAGAGAAAAGGAGGAGGAGGUCGACCGGCAGCGGAAGGAGCUGGACGUCGAGAGGGUUCGUGUUCGUUCGCAGCUGGACAAGAGCAUUGAGCAGGUCGAGGCGGAGAGGGCCAACGUGCAGCAGAAGCUGGAAGAGGAGAAGAGGAGGCUGGUGGAGAAGGCCGAGGAGGACAGGAAACGGCUGAAGGAGCAGGUGCGGAAGGCGAUAGAGGAGGUGAUGAGGAGGCACGCAGCCGAACUUCACAGCGUCCAAGAAGCUCUGAGCUCCGAGAAGAAGACCAACCAAGAGGUGUGUGCGCGUCUGGAAGAAGAGAGGAGAACGAGCGAGGAGCUCCGUGGCGGGCUGGAGAAGGAAAGAGAGGAGCUGAGGACAAAACUGAGAGACGCUACCAACGAGGUCUGUAGGCUGGAGUCAGCGAUCCAACAGCAAGACAAGAAAGAGAAAGUGGGCCCUGAAGCUGCAUCCUCAUGCGGACCGCAGUGCUCUCGUCUGGAGGAAGAGCUUCACCAGACUCGCAGUCGACUGGCUCGGAUACAGGAGGAGGCAGAGAGGCAGCGGGACAGGCAGCAGAGAGAGGUCAUGUCCCUGAGAGCUGACAAACACCGGCUGGAGGAGAAAGUCCUGGAACAGAGCCGACUGCACACGGAGAGGAGUCUUCUAGAUCAGGGCCAGCGGCACACCGAGGACCGGAUCAGGGCAGAGUGCGAGGAUCGUCUCAGAGCAGAGUUCAGGAUCGAGAUGAACGCUGCCGUGGCUGAGAGCGAACAGAGAUGGCAGAGCAGAGAGCAGGAGCUGCAGACCCAGAUAUCUGAGCUGCAGCGUGAACUGAGCGAGGAGCAGUCAGGGGCAGAGAAAAAGAAGGCGGGCCCGGGAGACGAUAGCCAUGGCAACCCCGAAAUUGACAGGCUGAGGAAAGAGGUCCAAGACACCAAGGAGAUCAACAAGAAACUGAGGGAGCUGCUGCAGGAGCCCCAAACCCAGUCUUCAGCUGUGGAGAGACACAGUCACACCAUGGCUCUGCAGGCGUUAGAGAGACAGGCCAAAGAAGAUGUGCUGUCUGAGAGGAACAGACUACAGACAAUGCACCACCUGGAGCUAGAUAAGCAGCGUGCAGAGUUGACCCAGCAGCACACAGAGUGGAGCAGACAGAUGACCCAAAGACACAUGCAACAGAUAGAAGACCUACAGGCUCAACUACAAGCACACACACAGAUGAUGGCUCUGCAACAGGAUCUGAAGCAGCAGAACCAGUACCAGGUGUUUGAGCGACAGCUGGAUGAGAGUCGCUGUGCCAUGCUGGAGCUGCAGAGAGAAAAUGCAGCGCUGAAGAAGCAGUUGAAGGAAAGGUCAGUGCAGCAGAAUCCUCAAGCUGGAGAGAAAGAGGAGGAAAGCACAGAUCUGCAGAAGAAGAGAGACGCCCAGCUGGAAGAAGAAGCACAACGUCUGAAGGAGGAGGUGGAGAAGCUGAGGGUGGAGAUGGAGAAACUGGAGGAGUCACAGAAACACUGGGAGGACAGGAAAGAGGAGGAUGUAAAAGAGGAGGAGGUGGACGAGGAGAAGAAGAAGGAGCGAGAGGAGGAGAAGAGGAGAGAGGAGGUGGAGGAGAUCAGGAGGGAGCACAAGAAGGAGAUGCAGAGUUUGGUCUCAGAAUACAGCAGCGCCCAGACGCACCUGCAAGCUCGCAUAGUGGCCUUGGAGAACGAGUGACGUGUGUGUUUGUGCAUAUGAUUUAACUGCAGGCUGCGCGAGCGGGAGGAGCGGUGCAGGCGGAGGGAGCCCCGAUGUGAUGACCAGCAGCUGGGGAGACUUCAGGAGAGGCUGAGCGAGAGAGACCAGCUCAUUAAACGAUUAGUGGAAGAGAGGCAUCAGCUGCAGCUCCACCCCCCUGUUGCCGGGGACAACAGCACCCUCAGGCCUCGUGACAGCAAGUCCCGCCCCGGGAGCGCCACGCCAACCAUGAGGAGGAAGCGUGUGGAGUCUCCUCCCCGUGUCACCAGCAUCCCCAGCGCCGGUACAUACGACAGAGGCAUCUUCCUACCCCACUCCUCCUCAUCGUCCUCCUCCUCCUCCUCCGUCCAUCAGCACUCCUCAUCGACCCUGCCCCACCAGUCCACCUCCCACCCUCAGAUCUCCCCCCAUUACUCCACCUCCUCUCUUCCGCACAAGCACACCUCCCUCUCCCUCAGCCAACAGUCCUCCCCCUCCAUCCCUCGCUCCACCAGAUCCAGGACCUCCUGCAUCCCUCCCACCCCAGCGCCCACCGCCCCGCUGCCCGUCUGCCCCUCACCUCAGACGGGCAUCCGCUACGUGUCGCCCUCCUGCCAGGAGCCAUAUGCACACCUGCAGGCCCAAUCAAUCAGGGGCCCGUAUCUGGAGCAGAGGGGGACAGAGGGGCUAAAACAGGAGUGGUUCACCAAAUACUUCUCCUUCUGA